ACCCCACUCCCAGACCUCUUUCACUGAGAGUGAGCAUGGUUAAGAGCAAGGACUCUGGACCAGGGCCCCUGGGUACCAAUCCCGGCUCCAUCACAUCCCAGUGGUGCCACUGAAUCACUGGGUUGCUCAUUUUCCUCACCUGUGAUUUGGGGUGAUGAUCUCAGUGGCCACCACACAGAGGAAUGCUGGGAGGCUCCCGGGAGUUAAUCUAUGCAGAGCGCUCAUCUGGAGUGAGCCUCAGAGAGCAUCUGCCGCUCUGUAGUGAUCGUCAUCUUUUCUCUCCAGCAUCCGGAUAACCAACCCCUUGAAGACCUCCAUCCUGCCUCGGGACACUGCCUGAUCCCCCUCCAUUCUCCACCCUCCCCGCCCCUCCCGCUGUUCCUGACGGAAUCUAAUCUACUCCGGACCCUUACCCUUCCCCUCUCUGCCCCCACCAUCCGGUUACCAUGCGCCCCCUUCGUCCCUGCUGGUCCUGCUGCUGUCUGCUCCUCUUCUUCUCCCUGGGAAUCCAGGGAUCCCCAGAGGCUCCCAGCGCUGCCCCCGAGCAAGUCCACCUGUCCUACCCAGGGGAGCCGGGCUCCAUGACUGUAACCUGGACCACAUGGGUCCCAACCCGCUCUGAAGUGCAGUUCGGGAUGCAGCCCUUGGGACCCCUGCCCCUCCGGGCCCAGGGCACCGUCAGCACCUUCGUGGACGGGGGCAUUCUCCGGAGGAAGUUCUACAUACACAGGGUCACACUGCGGCGGCUGCUGCCAGGGGUCCAGUAUGUUUACCGCUGUGGCAGUGCUCAGGGCUGGAGCCGUCGGUUCCGCUUCAGGGCCCUAAAGAAUGGACCGCACUGGAGCCCCCGUCUGGCUGUGUUUGGGGACCUGGGGGCUGACAACCCGAAGGCCCUGCCCCGGCUGCGCAGGGACACCCAGCAGGGCAUGUACGAUGCUGUUCUCCAUGUAGGAGACUUUGCCUACAACAUGGAUCAGAACAACGCUCGCGUCGGGGACAGGUUCAUGCGGCUCAUUGAACCUGUGGCCGCCAGCCUGCCAUACAUGACGUGCCCUGGGAACCACGAAGAACGCUACAACUUCUCUAACUAUAAGGCCCGCUUCAGCAUGCCGGGGAACACAGAAGGCCUGUGGUACAGCUGGGAUCUGGGCCCGGCGCACAUCAUCUCCUUCUCCACCGAGGUCUAUUUCUUCCUCCAUUACGGCCGCCACCUGGUAGAGAGACAGUUUCACUGGCUGGAAAGGGACCUCCAGGAAGCCAACAGGAACCGUGUAGCCCGGCCGUGGAUCAUUACCAUGGGUCACCGGCCCAUGUACUGUUCCAAUGCUGACCUGGAUGACUGCACGUGGCAUGAGAGCAAGGUCCGCAAAGGCCUCCACGGCAAAUUCUAUGGGCUGGAGGAUCUUUUCUACAAAUAUGGGGUUGACCUGCAGCUGUGGGCUCAUGAGCACUCGUACGAACGGCUGUGGCCAAUUUACGACUACCAGGUGUUUAACGGCAGCCAAGAGAUGCCCUACACCAACCCUCGAGGCCCUGUCCACAUCAUCACAGGAUCUGCCGGCUGUGAGGAGCGGCUGACCCCCUUCACCCUCUUCCCCCGGCCCUGGAGCGCCCUACGUGUGAAGGAGUAUGGAUACACGCGGCUACACAUCCUUAAUGGGACCCACGUCCACAUCCAGCAGGUGUCUGACGACCAGGAUGGGAAGAUUGUGGAUGACAUCUGGGUGGUGAGACCCCUGUUGGGCCGGAUGAUGUACCUCUAGGGAUGAGGGCAGCUCUCAUCAGGAACCAUGGGCAUUGCUGCCUUGGCUGGUGUGACCAGACACUGCCCAGGCCCUGGGCGGGGAGUCGAGGCGGGCCUCAAGUCCU